UUGAUGUUUGACCUAAUUAAAUUUCUCUUACAGUACCUGUACCAAAUCCAGGUGAUACGCAAGCGCCAUCAUGCACAGAUAACCGAUUUACUGAAGGCAAGAGCUACGUCUAUUCUUACGAAUCCGAAUCAGUGACCGGAAUCGUAGGAACAAGCGAACGCCUAUCCGGACUAAAAAUUGACUGUACGGUACAACUACAAGUGCCGGAACAGUGUGAAUUUAUCUUGACGUUACAGCAAUGUACCCUCAAGGAACUAGACCCCGACGUGACGUCUUUCGACUGGUCCAUCAUGGAGGAGAAGAGCGCAGCUUUCAACAACGAAAUGGUGAAAUAUCCCCUACUGUUCACUAUGGAUGGUGGAAAAAUCACCGGUCUAGAAGCCCGCCAAGCUGAACCUCUGCAUAUUCUGAACGCAAAGAAGGGUAUACUGAGUGCUUUCCAAUUGGAGGUGGUUAAUUCCACUAAGUCCAUCACCGUAAUGGAGGAGAACAUUUUUGGAAACUGCUCAGUGGACAUCAAACCUCACUACUCAGAAACGAAGGACCGCAUUGACUACAUCGUCACCGAAAAGGACCUGACCACGUGUAUUCGCCCAUCCAGGAAUGUUCCAGUGCCAACUUUGGUUGAGACCAUCACUAACUUUACUCUUGCAGACAAACUCUUUGAUUCAAAGCAGUUCUGUAAACACAGCAUCAAGAAGUCCCAUGUUGACAUGAUUAAGUGUGAUGAGCGACAUUUGUUCCGCCCAAUGAGCUACAUGGACGCCAGUUUGCAAACCAACAUUACAAAAGUCAUCGUAUUUCUGGAUUCGACUAAGAUGAACUCUAAACCAAAGAUCGAUAACAGAGACAGUCGCUCAACUGAUUUAGUGUACGAAUUUGAAGAUGAGAAGUUUCCAGGAGUCGUUGGCGUAGAUGGAGCCAUUGAAUCUCUGAUGACACUUGUGGAGAGCACCGUAGAUGAGGUCAAGAUGGACACUCCACGCAGAUUUACUGAAUUCGUUGCCAUACUUCGAUCCCUGAGCAAUGAAACACUUCAUGAGUUCUACCCGAUGGCUUACAACUGCUCCAAGUACAAUGAUAAAUGUGCCGAAAACCUCUGGAAAGAAAAACUUGCCAGGCAGUACAUUUACGAUGGAUUGAACCACUGUGUAACGCAAUCCUGCUUCUCAUUGAUCAAUACUAUGAUUGCCAAUAAAGAGAUUGACGGUAUAAUGGCCCAGAAGAUGCUCUACACCAUGGCCAUGCAGCCUUACCCAACAGAAGUACUCAUCCAAGAGACUCUUCGCAUUUCCAAGGCCCUGCGCACACAAUCAUCAAUCCUCACCCUUAGCACCAUGGUGCACAACUACUGGGUCAACAACCAGGAAAUAAGAGAACAGCGUAAUCUUCCAGAUGUAUUGUACAAUACUAUAGAAUUCCUCAAAGGCAUCAUCAACUACGAUUGUACCGCUCAAUCUAACGAGCUUGAUACUGGAGUUAGUGCUGAGUCUAACCGCCAGAUUCUCUUGGCCCUCAAAGCCAUUGGCAAUAUUGGAGAACCAGUCCAGUUUUACGACAACGCCAUCUUUGUUGACACUGACAAAAUCAUCAGUACUCUCUUCCGUUGUGCCAAGAAUCCAGCAGCUCCACGCAACAUCACGCUAGCCGCCAUCCAAGCCUUCCGACGUCUCAACAUCCGCACCGCUCAGCUUGAGCCUUUGAAGGAAAUCUUGUCUAACACCAACAUGGAUGUUGAAAUUCGCAUUGCUACGUACUUGAUGAUUAUGAGAAGUUCUCCAGCAAAAAGAGACCUCAAGGCAAUCAUUGACAACAUGCGUGAUGAGCCAGUUGAUCAAAUCAGAGCAUUCAUCGGAUCUCAUAUUCAAAAUGUACUCGAAUCUGAAGAACCAUCUCUACAGAGCCUCCGCUCCAAAUUGCUCAAGAUUCUUGUUGACGAUCCUUUACCAGAGUACCCAAGGAACAUUUUGAAAUACUCACGCAACAUCGAAUUCUCAAAGGCUUUCCGUCUCCCAUACAUCAACAAGACCAGCUCAUCUCAGUUUGAGAGCAACAUUAUCUACAACGCCAAUGCAUUCCUGCCACGUGCGGCCAUGUUCAACACAACUUUGAAUGUUCUUGGACGUAGCCUGUAUAUGGUUGAAUUUGGAAUUGAUAUGCAAGGAUAUGAAAAGACUCUUGAGGCAAUGUUUGGGCCACAAGGGUACUUCCCUGACGUUGUCUUGGAAAAUAUGUACAAGAAGAGCAAAGAUCUACUGAAGUUCUUGAACGAAACUUACCAGAGGAAGAGUGUAGAGUAUGGCCUCCCCGAAAAGAUUGAACAACUCUCUGCCAAGGCUGAUCAAGUCCUCGAAAUGGCCCAACCAUAUUUGGACAUGGCAAAACCAUAUAUGGACAUGGUCGAACCAUAUGUCAAGAAGGCAAUAAAGAAGGGAGAACCAAUCUAUAAGGAAGCUAAAGCAAUGGCUAAGCCAAGCAUUAAGAAGAUGAAGAGGAAGCUGAUGAACCUUGCCGAAUCUCUGCCAGAAACUAACGAACCAACAGAGUCAACUGGUGAAGAUCUCCUGCCCAACAACAUCAUGAUGGAAUUGGAUAAAAUGCACGCCAAGGUCUCCCACCUUCCCGAACCAAAAUACAUUUCCAUCUACUUAAGAGCUUUUGAGAAUGAGCUUGGAUUCACAACCGUUGAGGAGAUGCUGUCCAUGAUCCCAAGAUUGAAUGUCACCAACAUCAAGAAGGUGAACAUGCAAAUGGUUGUCGAUGUAAUGAAGGAUAUUUCCAAGAAACUUGCGGAUGGAGUUGAAAUUAAUAUGACCAAGAGCAUGAUACUUGUUCAACGUGAUUGGGUCGUACCAACCAGCAUGGGUAUUCCAAUGAAUGUCUCCCUCAAUGGCACAACCUCCAUGGCUGUUCGCUCCCUAUUCCGAAUGAAGGUAGAUGACAUCAAGAAGCCAAUGUUUAUUGAGGGUAAAUUUGCCCCGAGUGCUGCUGUCGAGGUUGCCGGAAAGAUGGGUGUCACACUUCCCUUGUACGGAGAGACUGGUGUCUUGAUUAACGCUACGGUUUACCACUCGUCCAGUAUCGCUGGCAACGUAACCUAUAAGAAUGGACGUGUUCGAUUCAACCUGAAGAACAUCAAGGAACCAAUGAACCUCUUCAACUUCUCCACCAACUUUUUCUUGGUUCGCCCAGACAAUGUAGUUGAAUAUUUGCCAGGUGUUGAGAAAGACCGAAGCGAAUAUAAAUUCUGUACAAACGUCUCACGUGUAGUGGCUGAUGAUCUGUGUCUUUCAUUCGCAUAUCCCAAUGCCAGUUACGCCUAUGCUGCACGCUUCCCUCUGUCUGGACCAAUGAGUUUCAACAUCACGCUUGUGCCAACCGACAGUGUUGAAGCUUUUACAAUGGAAGCAUCUUUCAGAAGGGAGAAGACCAGUAUUCCUAAGAAAGUAUUCAGUUCAAUUGGUAAAUCAUCCGUCAAACCUAGGCUGCUGAGAGACAUUGUCCACUUCAACUUUUCUGCACCAGGUAAAGAACUAACCCGCAACAUUUCUUCCCUCUUGGUGGUCGACUACCAAAAGACAGAAGUUCAAUGGAACUUUACCGUCCCAGAGGUCAAGGCCUUCCGCAUCUAUGCCGGCAUCCUGAACCUGACUGACAGCGAGAAGAACAGAGUUGGAUACCAUCUGACCUACAACAUUUCUGCUGCAGAGAUUUACAACGCUUCUAACUCUCUAACAUUAGUCAGUGAAUCUGAUGAAAUGAACACCAACUGCUCAAUAAUCUUUGACACCACUGUGAUGGCAUGGCGCCACACAAUCCAUGCCCAGUACCUUAACAACUCUGGCAACUGGAUCGGUAGCCUCAAUGAGACCUACUACUGGGACAAUGAGACUCCUCUUUACAAGCAGAUUUUGUGGCCUUUCAAUGACUAUAGCAUCAAAGCCGACAAGUUCAAAACUGCAUACGUCCUCGUCAAGAGUUACGAACGUGAAUGCGAAGAGGUUGGAUGCAGCAAGAGACAACGUGUUUUUGAGACCAGCAUGUUCAGACAGAACUUCACUCUAAACAACAUCCACACUAAGAAACCAAAGAGCAUUGUAAAUACCCUCAAUGUUACCUUUGCCAAUGACAAUUUGGUUCUUCCAAUUAUGAACUUCACCACCCAAUUGUUAAACAAAACCGAACUGGAGGUUGAGAAGUACGAAGUCACUAUGAAUGCUUCUCGCCAUGAGCGUUAUGCUGCCAUCAUUCACGACAUCACCCGUAUCCGUGGAGAAUAUAACCACUCUAUUCGCUUUGUGUACUACAGCUUUGCUAAGCUGACCCUUCCCCAAUUUAAAGAAGUCCUCGGCUAUCCACUUGCCUUAGAUUAUUAUGGUGAUGCACUUUACAGUAUGGUCCCAUCUUUCUUGAAUACCACCAUCGCCAUCAGCCUGAGGAAUGAGACUGCUACAAUGGAGGAGGACAUUAAACCACUUCGUCUUCUUGGAUACGUCAACGUCACGUACCCCAACCCACUGAAUCUUCACGAACAACAAAGUAUCAGUGUUGUAGCUAAAAUUGCGAAUGAUACAAUUUAUGAGGAUAAUGAACACAGCUACUGGCUGCAUUUCAACACAUCCGUACCACAUCUUCAGUUUGAAACAAGCUAUCUGGCUGAAAUCGUGAAGGGACAAGAUGGUGUGGCAUUUGGCCACAACUUUACUUUUGCGGACAAGAAAAGAGUACAGAAUUGGAGCUUCGGUACCUUUGCCAACUGGAUGCCACUUACUACGAAUGUAACAUGGGUCUCUAAGGUUUCAACCCCAGUUCUAAACAUCAGCUAUGACCAUGUUCAAUUUAAGAAUGAUGGUGGGUUCCAGUUGAUCUUCAACGAUACUGUUAACAACACUUUGACAAACUUCCUGAACCACACAGUUUACGGACACUUUGAACUAAAACCAGAAUUCAUUUCUCUGAAUGCUACUCUCUGGACAAAGAUGUUGCAAAUAAAUGGCACCCAUGUUUUGAGGAAGCAAGGACCAAUUGUAGACUUCUCGUUGGAAAGUGUCCAGGACCGAGUUAGGUCUAUGUAUACUAAGGUUCGUGAAAUGAAUUUCAGAGCCCUCUACGAGGAAACCAAAGAUGUGUCAAAGAAAAUGAUUGAUUCCAGCUUCCAUCUAACCAACGCCAUCAACAUCCAAACCCCAAGUGUUGCCAACAUGACUUUUAACCACACGAUGGGAUUUGGAAUUACAGGCUUAAAUGAUACUGUCAAGGUCAACGUAACUUGUGAAAAGUCAGGUCUUGGAGCCAACCUAUUUACCAACUUCGCCUUAAACAAAACCAGCCUGAACACCUUGAUUGUUGCUGAGAGCAAAAGCCCAAUUCAUUUGAUGCAAGGAAACACAUCUGUUGUACUGUUUAAGAGUGCACCAAUGGAAAUUGGUCUCGAGAGCUCAUCACACAUGGGCCUUAAAUCUUCAAAGGGAAAUGUCAGCCUUAAUGGUACAUUCUUCAUUAACAACAUGAAAAACCCAUGGAGCUUCAAAUCUGUCAACGGAACCCUGAAGUACAAUAUUUCAUCUCCCAUCUUUGGUGCCCAGCUGAACAGCACUGCGGUUCUGAGAAACUUUAUCUCUCCCUUCCAAUUUGAAAAUAUUACCGGCGCUAUCACUCAUAACCUCACUUCCAAGCUUGCCACAUUGAAUUCAGAGAUGUCCCUUCUGUUGAAUGAUUUCAUGUCUGUCUUCAACUUCACCAAGGUCAAAGGAGCCAUGAUGCAUAACCUAACUUCUAAAUGGGCCAAUGCCUCUUCAGUAUCUGAUAUUAUUUUCCAUGACUUCUCAUCUCUGGUCAACUUUGUAGAAGUUAAUGCUACUUCUGUGAACCAGAUUGUCUCUAAGAAUAUCAACUUCAGUGGUAAUGCAGCAGCUGUUCUAAGAAAUUUCAAAUCUGCCUUCAACUUCGAAUUGGUGAAUACAACAAUGAAUCAUAACGUGUCCACAAAUAUUGGUAACAUCACCCAAAACAGCAAAGUUAUUUUAUCUUCGUUUACAGAUAUACUUAGCUUUAUUGAAGCAAAUGCUACAACCGUCACCAAAGUGUCUUCUAAGUGGGUAAAUGCCAACUCUUCCAUGGACUUGAUUGUUAAAAAUGUACAGUCCCUAUUCAACUUCAGCCUUGUAAAUGGCACAAUGAACCAUAACGUAGUGAGUAAACUGGCCAAUCUUACUUCAGUCAGUCAAGUUACUAUGUCUGACUCUAUUAAUAUGUGGGAAUUCGAUGAAUUCAAGGCAAACACCAGUAACAAGCUUGCCUCCCGUUUGACAAAUGUCAGUUCAGAUAUGGCACUGGUUUUGAAGAAUUUCAGCUCCAUCGUCAACUUUAGCUUAGUAACUGGCAAUAUGACACACUCAGUCGAUUCCUACCUUGGCAGUCUUGAUUCAAAGAGUCAACUGAACUUGGUUAACUUCACCAACCUUUUCCGUUUUGAGCAUGUCAACGCAACUACGAAGACCAACAUCACCUCACGAUUGGCUAACAUGACAUCUGAUAUGUUGUUGUUGAUGAAGAACUUCAGUUCUCCAUUAGUAUUUGAAGAGAUUAAUGGUACCGCAACAAACAAUCUAUCGUCAAGAUGGGUGAAUGUUGACUCUGAAAUGAAAUUGAUCUUUGAGGACUUCUCCUCGCUGUUUAACUUCAGAAAGGUGAAUUCAACUAUGGUCCACAAGUUGCUUUCAAAAUGGGUUAAUGCUACAUCAGUAAGUGGCAUGACAAUGCACAACUUUACUUCACCAGUCAGCUUCACUGAAGCUAACUUCACUAGCCAUAACAACAUCACAUCUCGUGUUGCGAAUCUAACAACAGAGACAGACCUUCACCUUCAUGAAUUUACAUCCCUUUUCAACUUUAGAAAGAUGGCAGGAAGCAUGAAAAGCAUCGCUUUUUCCAAGUGGCUGAAUGCCACAUCUGAGAGCUCUGUUCGUUUCAGCAAUCACAGUUGUCUUUUCAAAUUCGAUGAAAUCAAAGCAACCACCAACCAAAACGUUAGCUCUCCAGUUACCAACUUGACAUUUAAUACUUUAUUGCAUCUGCAAAACUUUAGGUCUAUCUUCAACUUUGACAAGAUUACAGGCGUGAUAAAGCACCGUUUCGAUUCCAGAUAUUUGAAUGCUACAUCAAUUAGCUCUGGAAUUGUCAGUAACCAUACAAACUUGUUUACCUUUGAAGAAAUUAAUGUCACUACCACUGACAUUGUGAAUUCCCGUUGGGUUAACCUUACCGCUGAUUCGGUAUUACGUCUGCAAAACUUCCGGUCUAUUUUCAACUUUUCGAAAGUAAAUAGAACGGUUGUAUACAAUUUCUUAUCGAGAUACCUCAAUCUCACCUCAAACAGUUCUGGUAUCAUCAGUAACCAUGUUGGGUUGUUCAGAUUUGAGGAAAUCAGUGGCACAAGCUCAAACGUGAUUUACUCCGGGUAUACUAACCUAACAUCUGAUGUUGUUCUAAAAUUGCAAAACUUCAGCUCAAUUUUCAAUUUUACCAAGGUACAUGGAACUGCCGAUCACAAAAUAGACAGCAAAUUAGUAAACGCUACUUCAAAUAGUAGUAUGAUCUUCCACAACUUCACUUCUCUAUUCAACUUCUCUGAAGUGAACACUACAUCCUUGAACACAGUUAACUCAAGCAUAGUGAAUCUUACUUCUGAAGUUGCUGCUAAACUAAAGAACUUUAGGUCAAUAUUUAAUUUUGACGUCAUCAGUGGACUUACCCGCCAGAGUCUUCGCUCAAGGCACGUAAACGUUACUACCAAUAACACCAUGAUUGUCAAUAACCAUGAGGCUCUGUUUAAAUUUGAAGAAAUAAAUGCAUCCAUUGCCAACAAUCUUACAGUGAUGUCGACAAACCUUACAUCUUCAGCGCUUAUGCGUCUUGAAAACUUCCGAUCAAUAUUUUGCUUUGUCAAAUCUGCUGUUUCUGGUAACAUCACUCUUGCAUCUAAGAUAGCUAAUGCAACUUCAACCAACACUUUUAUUGUAAAUCAACACCAUAAGCUAUUCAAUUUUGAUGACAUCAGUGCCAUCACAGACAGCAGAGUGAAGAUGCUCUCAACUAAUCUGACAUCCAGAAUGUUCUUUGGACUAAACAAAUUUAAAUCUAUCUUCAGCUUCAACAAGAUCAUGAGUGGCAGCAACAUCAUCAUUGAAUCAAGAUUACUGAAUGGGACAUCCAACAGUUCCAUGGUGGUAUCUAACCAUCCUUCCUUGUUUGUAUUUGAUGAAGCUAAUGUAACAACUUCUAACAAAAUAGAAUUUUUUUCCACCAUGUUGGAUUCUGAUAUGUUAUUACAAAUGAACAAAUCUAGAUCUUUCCUCAAUUUCAAGAACUUUUUGACUGCGGCUAACCAUGGUCUUAAAUCCCAGUGGAUCAACGCCACAUCCAAUAGCUCAAUGCAGAUUGAGGACCACAGACGACUUUUUGCUUUUAAUGGUGCUACUGCAGAAACUGUCAACAAAAUUAACUCAUCCUUGAUGAAUGUCACUUCUGAGGCUGUUAUACGUCUUACAGAUUUCAACAAAGUGUACAAGUUUGAAAAAGUGAAUGGAACCAUGAGACACAUUGUUUCUACACCAAUCCUCAACAUCUCCUCUGAAAGUGUUGUCAUUCUUAGCAAAUUCAAAUACCUUUUCAAAUUCGACGAAGCCAAUGCAACUACCUCAAAUAGGAUUUCAUCCUAUCUUGGCAAUGUAACAACCUUUGCUGGAUGGAGAAGAAGAGACUCUGAUAGUAUGUUUAAAUUCGACCACAUGAAUACUACCAUGACCAUGAAUGUAUCUCUUCCAGUGUUUGUUGUAGCCACCAAUGCUACCACAGAUUUCGUCAACUUCAGAGGCAUUUUCGACUUUGAUAAGGUCAAUGGAUCUUCGAACCUUAUAUGGGACAAGUGUUCUUUCAUGAACAGCACCGGUAGAGCAGAAUUUGCGAUGAAUGAUUUCCAUAGCCUUUUUAACUUUACUAAGGCUAAUACUUCAGUUUAUUACAGCACAAAAACCAAAAUUGGCCAAUUUACCUCUCUUACUCGUGGUGGUCUAAGUGGGUUCCGAACACCUUUCAAGUUCAACCGUGUUUGUAUGGAUACUAAAAAUAUUCUUACCACUCCAUUAGUUGUGUUCCACCAAGAGACUGGAUUAACAUUGACAAAUUCCACAAAGUUCCUCAAAUUUGAUCGUUUCAAUGUUACAGGCAGGUUCAACCUGAAUUCCAGUCUUGUCAACCUUACAAGUCUUGAUACUUUUGCAGUCCAGAACAUGUCUAGCCUUCUUAAUUUCUCCCAAAUCACCAUGAACAGGCAAUACGAUGUGAAGAGCUGUCUAACUAACAUCACUUUGAAAGAUGGAAUUGAACUGCACAAUUUCACCAGUCUGUUUAAUUUCUCAAGAAUUAAUACAACUAUGGACUACAGAGUUGUAACUCCAUUUACUAAUGCUAGCUGGAUUAGUGCUGUAGAGUUGAAGAACUUCACCAGCUUUUUGAACUUCAGUCUCAUCAAUGCAAACGCGACUGUCAACUUGUCUUCAAAUCUUGCCACUUUUGAUCACUUCAGCGGUUUGACUUUACACAACUUUUCCGGCAGCGUGCUUAGGUUCAGGCUGAUCAAUGGAAACAUGAGGAACCAGAUCAAGACACAAUUGGCAAAUCUAUCCACCGAAUCUACCGUCACCCUAACGAACUUUAGUUCGUUCUUCAACUUUGAGAAUGCGAAUGCCAGAAUGUCUUACAACCUCUCCACUCCUGUUGUCAACAGCACUCUGGAAACUAAGACGGAUCUAUUCAACUUCAUCAGCUGGAAAGACUUUAGCCACAUUAACAUUAGUCACAACUUCACCUUUGUGACAAAGAUGAUUAACACUACUGCAACAAACACAAUGCACAUGAUCAAGUGGACUGCAUACCAACAAAAACUCUCUGUCAACGUCUCCAGCCCAGUAGCAGAAAUGUUACUUUUACAGACAAGCGACAACCAAUCUGUAUACAUCACAGUUUCAUCACCAAAACAUGGCUCAUUGUUUUUCCUCGGAAAGAUAAGUGAUGAUGGCAAACUGAUGAACAUGACAGUCUAUCACAUGACAACCGUUGACAAGUUGAACGUGACGGACCUACAGUGGCUAUUGAUGUUAAACCAAAGCAAUGUCAUCUACAGCAACUUUAGCUGGAACCCAGCUUUAGUUGAUGGUGCUUUUAACCUUACCAAUGAUCUUAUUGUUACCGCCGUCAACAUCACCAUGACAGCUGUUAAUCAGACUAAGAACUACACACACCAUGUUGUCAAUGUCACCAGGACCUAUAUAGACGAACAAGUCCGCAGACUGAACGAAACUUAUCAGAACAUUGAUGUUAUCACCGCUGACCUUAUUGUACGAGUCCGUGAGGAGACCAACAAGACUAUUCUAAAGGUGAAAGAUUAUGCUAUUCAGCAGUGGAGAAAUGCUAAGGAAUUCGAUUAUGACGAUCUCUGGUUUAGGACCGUUGAAGAAUACAAACGAGUAAAGAAAGAUUUGAAAGAGAAGUAUGCUGAACUCAAGAUAGAAUACAACAACAUGAAGACUAAGGCACUUGAAAAAUAUGAAGAUCUUAAAGAAAAGACCAAAGAACUAGUAGUUAAGAUUAAAGAAAUUCUCAAAAACGAGGAGCACCUGAUCAACCGUCUUCCAAUGAGGUAUUUCGAGAAGACCAUCUUUGAGAUCAUCCAGGUUAUUACGAAUUACAAUGAAAUAAUUGCGAAGAUUGAGACAAUAUUGAAGGACAAAGAUCAUCUAAUCAACCGCCUUCCAAUGAGGUAUUUCAAAAAGUCUAUAUAUGAGAUCAUCCAAAGUUCGAAGAAGCUCAUUGAGAAGAAAAUGAAAAAGUUGCAGGAAGAAGUCAAGGUACUAAAAACGAAGGCCCUAGAGAAGACUAAAAUCUACAUUGCCUACCUCAAAGACAAGUAUACGGAAUUAAAAAAGAUGUAUGAUGAAUUCGACCGAGAGGAGUUUGUAGCACGUGUAAGAGAGAUUGUAGAUGAACUUUCUGUUAAAGCCCGUGACCUGUAUAAGAAGGUUUUAAAGAAAGCCACACGUGUUAUUGAAGACGCAAAGGAAAAACUCGACAUUGCCAUUGAUGAAGCAAAGGUGAAACUUGAAAAAGUAAUUGAUGAAGUUGUAGAAAUGUCCAAAAACGAAUCCAACACCGUCAACAGCUUGACCCUCAGAUACUUGAACCGCACUGUCUACACCAUUGCUCAAGAACUUGUUGCUAUCUACAAAGAUCAAUAUGCUGCAGCUAUGGUAAAGUUUGACAUAUACAAGGAAAAAGCAGAAGAAUUGCUGGUUAAGCUUAUUGAUGAGACUGUUGUCAUGUCACUAAACGAGUCUUUACUUAUCAACAAGUAUGCUUUGAAAUAUACUGGCCGCAAUAUUAACCAACUUGUGAAGGAAAGCAUUGAAAACCUGACUAAACUUGUCGAACAGAUGAACGAGACGGCAUUGGAAAUGUACCAAGAUGCCAAGGUUAAGUAUGUCGAUUACAAAGCCAAGGCAUUGGAAAUGUACGAAGAGUACAAAUUAAAGGCAACGGAGAAGUACGAUGAAUACAAGAUCAAGGCAGUCGAAAAGUACAAAGAGCUCCGUGAGCGUCUCCAGGAAUUAUACGAGGCAUUGAAGAUUAAAUGUCAGGAAUAUUACGACUAUGCACAGAAUAAAACCCUUGAAUUGAAAGAAAAGUUGAGUGAAUUAAAGGAGAAAUUUAAGAACCAGCCACUAAACACAUCUGUCAGGGAAACCAUGGAAUAUGUUGAAGAAGUUGCAGAGAAGCUUAGGGUCAAAGUUGAUGAGUUGACUACUGAGAUGAUCCAGUUCUACGAAGAAAACAUCACUGAAGAAAACAUUCUGAAAUUCAGAAGAGAUGCAGAGAAAUACAUCGAGGAAACAAUUCAACCACUCAUAAGCAAACUCGAAAAUAUCACCGAAGAUGUUUCAAUGAAGACAAUGAAAGUUCUUGAAAAUCAGGGAGUCCUGGAACUUACUGGAAAGUUUGUAGAGAAGACCCGUGAAUAUUUAAAUGCUACUCGUGCGUUAAACAUGAAGGCUAUACAGUCUGCUCAAACAGCCAUUAAUAUCUCUCGAGAAAGUGUAGAAUCAUUCAUUGAAUACCUCAACAACACUUUGCCAGGAUGGAUUUACAGAUACUAUGAAAUUAACCAGAUUCCACGUCGUGUAUGGGAUACUGCUGUUGAAGUUGCUCAAGUAAAGAUGGAACAGAUUCCUGUGUUGAUUCGUAUGACCCCAGAACUCACCCUCAACCUUACCCGCUCUACAAUAAGCUAUAGCUUGAACAGCAUUGGACAAGUUGGGGAGCACAGCUUUUCCAUGAACAUCUCUCAUCCACUCAACUAUACCAGCUUCUACAAGGCACCGACAUUUACCAACAAGCAGUGGGAUAUGAUUUUCAGGGCACAGAAUAAAACUAAAGAGGCCAUCAACCAGGUUAUUUUGUACUACAAUGAAACACGACAAUACUUUAACGAAACAUAUCCACUUCUCAUUGAAUGGGUCAAGGAACAAGAACCUAUCCUCCGUGAAAAAUAUGAAAAGAUUCGUGACAAAGUAGAGAUUCUUCGUGACCAGGCUAUUGAAAAGUAUGAUGAAUGGAAGCUAAAAACACAGACGAAAUAUGAUGAAUUGAAAGUGAAGGUAGACGAAAUGAUAAAAGAAACCAAAGUAAAGUAUGAAGAAAUAAAAGAAAAAGCUAAGUUAAAGUACAAUGAGAUAAAGGAAAAGGUUGAGUUGAAGUACAAAGAGUAUUAUCCAAAAGUUGUUGAAGAAUGCAAGAGAAUUUAUGGUGUGGUCCGCAAGGAACUUCCUAACUGGAGGACACACCUAAAAACUGCUUACAACGUCACCAAAGAAGAACUGAAGAUCCUACAAGAAUUGUUUGUUGAAGAAUGCAAGCGAAUCUCAACUGAGGCUGGUGUUAAAUACGAACAACUUCAAGACAAGUACAAUGAACUCAAACCUGUCGUUAAGGACAAAGUCAGCGAAAUCAUGAAGGCUGUCAAAACCAAGCUUGAAAAGUUAAAAUUGAAAUUAAAGGAUAACUACAAGAAACUGAUUGCUCUUAUCAGGAAGGAAUUUCCAAACUGGAGGGAACAUCUUAACAAGCUUACCGACAAAAUGUAUCUGAAGUUUGAUGAGUUGAUCGUCAAGGCUAUUGAAUUGAUUGAAAAGAUCAAGGAAAAGAUUCCAGAAAUUGAGGAAAAAUUGGACGAAUUGGUGUCUCGAGUAAAGGCUCUUACACCAGACUACAUCAAAAAUAACCUACAUGAAAUUAUUGAGUACAUCAAGGAAGCUAUCAAGUACUUGGAAGAAAAGAUCCAAAACAUUGAGUAUCCUCAACUACCAAGCCUCCCAGCAUUCACCGACAUCAUUCCACCAUUCCAAAGCACUGGCAUGAUCUUUGGACCACUUCACGUAUACACAUUCGACCAAAAAAGAUACGAGUUUCCAGGAUACAAAGGAGAUGGAUGCACAUACGUUUUAGCAAGUGACUUUGUGGACCGCAACUUCACCAUCGUCAGCACACAAGAUACAGUUACACUCCUCAUCCAGGAGAUGAGCAUCAAAGUCAACAGCGAAAAUAAGGUGCAGAUAAAUGGAAGAAAUGAGAUUCAAGAGCUACCAUACCAGUCAUCUGGUAAAGAAGUUACGAUUGUUAGAAAUGGACAAUGGGUAGAAAUUUCCACAACUUAUGGUCUUGACAUUAAAUGUGACGCUAUGUAUGCAAUCUGUCUUUUCAACGCUAGCCACUGGUACUACAACAAGACGCUUGGCCUCCUCGGAACUUUAAACGAAGAAAAACAUUUUGAUAUGCGCAAACCAGAUGGUAACGUCGCCCGUGAUCUUACUGACUUUGCCAACUCAUAUGAAGUAAGUGGAUCUACUAAAUGCAAGAUCAUACCAAGCCGUGAUGAAAUCUUCAGCCAAGGUCCAAGAGAUUGCACCGCAGAACCAAGCCGACAGUGUAAAUUCCUUUUUACUGAUCAGGACUCUCCAUUCGCCAAAUGCUUCGAUACAGUCAACGUCACUGAAUUUAUAACACUCUGCGAAGAGGAAACUAAGUGUUAUCCACAACUUGAUGAGGCUAUCUGCAAUGCAACUGUUUCAUAUGUUGAAAUGUGCCGCAGCCGUGGUAGACACAUUGAGCAUGCUCAGAAAUGCAACAAGUGUGGUGACAAGGUCAUUGGCGAAAUCUGGGAAACGAAGAGCACCCGCUCUGCUGACAUCGUCAUGAUUGUCUCAGAAAACAGAAGAAUGGUAGAAAAUCACGACAUUGUCCAGGCGCUUACACAGAUCGUUGAAACGACAGACAAAACCUUGAAGAAAGCCAGCAUCAAUGACAACAGAUUUUCACUUGUAGCUUUCGGUGGAGCCGAUAUUCACAAAAACGCUCAUCAGCAUACCAUCAAUGGAAAGACCUUUGCUAGCUCUUCCGAUUUCAUCAGUGGGGCACAGGGCCUGGCAUUCUUUGGUGAUUAUGAGACUGAGAGUUUGGAAGCCCUGAAACUUGCCACAGAGCUUGAACUUCGUGAAGAAGCCACCAAGAUCUUUAUUCUGGUCGUUGAAGAGGAGACUGAAGCUGAGAUUGAAGAGCAGUUGUUCAUCCAAUCGCUUCUGGAAAAGAAUGGUAUCACCCUCAAUGUCAUCUCAUCAUACGAAAUCUUAAAGAAGACAAAGACAAGCAAGAACAUCGUUGGAAUUAACUGGGAUGGCCGAGCCAUUAUGACAUCCAAGUCCGAAAAAGACAUCUCCACCAAGCUAGAUAUACCGAGAGGCAGUUAUGCCAAACUGGCCAAGGCAUCCAAGGGUAAGUCUCAAUUGACGAAUCAUCUGAUUUAUUAACAUAUUUCACAUUUG